AUGGCUCAUGCAAAUGGCAACGGCUUUAUGCGUGGCAUGUCCGAGAGCGACUGGCGGCGGCUGCAUAGCCGCGUUAUCCCCAAUCGUGUUCCGCUGCUGGAGUUUAAGAGCAUCAUUUCGGACGGUACCGUGCACGACCACUAUCUUGCGAAAGAUCUUCACAAGAUAAUGCAAGAGCUUCGUGAUCUACUGUACGAACACGGAGAGCUGCGUGAGGCCUCUGUGCUUCCCUUGACUGGGAGGAAACAGGAGCUGUCGCGCGCGGCGGCGACGGCAGUGCGGCUGAUAGACUCUGACCGCGAUGGCACUCCAGCUCUGCGUCGCUCCCCCGACAUCAGUUUGACUUCAACAAGGGCGCUAGGUGGCCACCAUGGCCCCACCUCCCCCACUUUCGGCAGUGCCAGUGACCUCCGACUCUCCGAUUGUAGGAGAGGCAGCACUGAGGAUGCACUCUCACCCCAGCUGCUUCAAACAACGGCGUCAGCUUUGCUCAUCAGUCCUCGGCGGUCGUCACGGGUGCUGCCACUCACAGACCACAUUCAAGAGGAGGGGCAACCUCAAAUCUCUGCUCUCUCUCUCAGCACGGCGCUGCAGCCUACGGUUUCACUUCCUUUGUCGCCAAUAGCUUCCUCUACCACCUCUUCAUCCCCAGCGUGUACUCGAGAGGCGGACGUGUCUCGUGGCGGCAGUACUUAUCUUGCACACACAAGCGCCGGCACAGUGUCAUUGGGGUCGUCAACGCGCUUAUCGACGUCGUGGACGACCAAGGCGCGCACUGCCUCCACAGUUGCUCACAAUGCCGCGACCCCGCACGCCUCAGUGGGGGCGCCAUCUACUUCUUCAGUGGCCACAACAGUACCGCCGUCUCUGUUGACUGUGCCGCUUUCGACGUCCUCAUCGAACGAGAUCGCGCAGUUGAACGAGUCGGCGCCGCCGUUCUUUCGAAUCCUGAGCGUACCGCGCAGAUUUCAGCUCCGCUUUGGCUCGUCGACGGUGCGGUUCGGUAUUCCGGUUCAGUAUGUCGACGCCGUCAAUAGCCGUCAGCUCCGCAUCUACAUGAUUCCGCUGCGGCAUCCCAACACACCAGCGCGGUGGCCGACAGCGAAGGAGAUCGUGGUGUAUGUGAACAAGCAGUGUGUCAUGACGCCGUGGAAGCGAUCAUGGCCGGACCGUGAGCGGGAGGUUGCCGAGACGUACCUGCCAUUGGACAUCACUUACCUGCUCAGUCGCAACACUGAUAUCCAGCAUGUGCAGGUGGACAUUCACAACAAGGAGUACCAGACGCCGGCUAUUCUGGCAGUGGUGCAGCUACGCUCGUUGGAGGAAGUGACGGAGUCUGUGCUGUCCUCACGGCUGGGGUGCCGGACUGCUGUACAGGCAAGGCAAGUGCUGCUGAGCAGCCUGUCUAGCGCCGAUGCGCUCACAUCAACAUCGUCUGCAGGUCUACUGCUGUCAAACAAUGCGGCGAUUUAUCGCACCUACGCGGCGAUAAUGGCAGACGACGAGGAUGACGACGGCCUCGAGAUGGACGAUCCCGUCAUCACCACAAAGUGCCCCAUUUCCCAGCUGCCUCUCUUCGUCCCAGUGCGUGGCAGCCGGUGCACCCAUCUUCAGUGUGUCGAUCUCGAUUCGUUUCUUGUGAGCAGCAACAAAGCCUCCUACUGGAACUGUGCGCUGUGUGACGCUGAAAUGCGACCGUGUGAUGUGUGCGUGGAUACCAUUCUGUGGGGCUACUUGUGCACCUUUGCGUCGGCGGACGCCUACCCGCUGUACCUGCGCUUGUCUGCACGUACUGCGCCAAAAGAGGGGGAGGCGAGGUACCACUGGCAUCCCUCAACCCGCACCGGCGAGAGCGCUGACGUCAUCUUGGAUGAUAGCGAGAGCGACAGCGAGAACGGGCGAAGAAGGGAUCCACCGUUGGCCUCAGGACCUCCAGCGGCCUCUGUAGGCGCAAGCUCCAUAGAGGCCGCUGCGCCGUGUAGCGAAGCGACUUCGGUGUCGGCCUCUAACAGGGCACAGCUCCCGAUGCCCUCAACCGCUUCUCAUAGAGAUAAGACUUGGGCAGAGGG